AUGGCGACCAAAAAGCGAGAAGUCCAGUUGCAGAUGGUCAUCAACAGUCAAAGCUUGUGGGAUGAGAUGUUGCUGAACAAAGGCUUGACAGUGAUUGACGUCUACCAAGCCUGGUGCGGACCUUGCAAAGCCAUGCAGCCUUUAUUCAGGAAAUUGAAAAACGAGCUGAAUGAAGAUGAAAUUCUGCAUUUUGCUGUUGCAGAAGCUGACAGCAUUGUGACCCUGCAGCCGUUCCGGGAUAAAUGUGAACCUCUUUUCCUCUUUUGUCUUAAUGGGAAAAUUAUUUCAAAAGUUACGGGUGCAAAUGCACCACUUGUUAAUGGAAAAGUUAUUCAGCUCAUUGAAGAGGAAAGGAAAAUUGCAGCUGGAGAAAUAGUUCGCCCACAGCACAAUGAAAUUAUGCUGAUAGACUCAGAUGCAGAAGCUGCUGUAGAACCACAAGUUGAAACUGAAGAGGAGCAGUACACUAUUGUGAUCAUCAAACCAGAUGCUGUGGCCAGUAGAAAAAAUGAAGAAAUUAGGAUAAAAAUUACAGAGGGAGGAUUUGUCAUAGAAGCAGGGGAUAGGAGAUGGCUCAGCCAAGAAUUUGUUAGAGACUUCUACAGCCAAAUGGCAGAUGAGCCUGAAUUUGAAGAUUACGUCUCCUUUAUGACAACUGCUUUGAGCGAUAUUCUAGUUAUUUCUCAAGGAAAUCAGCAGACUUCCUUUGAAGAGGCUGAAGCAGAGAUCCAAUUUGAAGAACCAAAUGAAGACAGCCCUGAAGUCGAAGAAAGUGUAACAUUUGCGAAGACAAAUAAAGGACAGAACAGUUUACAAGAAUAUUUGGAAAAACAACAAAUAUCUGAAUUUUGUGAUGUUGAAUAUGAUUUAAUUAAUGUUCACAAGGCCAUCAAUAUCUUAUUUCCUGAUUUUAAAAAAAUGAAAAACAUGAAACUGGAAAAGAUACUGGCAUUAAUUAGACCAGACCUCUUUAGAGAAAAUAAAGACAAUGUCUUGGAAAUUAUUGAAAAUGAAGGCUUUAAAAUACUAAUGGAAAGAGAAAUAGUUUUAUCAAAUGAAGAAGCACAAAUGCUCUGCAAGGAAUGCGAGCAUGAAGACUACUAUGACGCGCUUGUCACAAACAUGACCAGUGAUACAUCUCUAGCCCUUGUUUUACUCAGAGACAAUGGUUUCAAACACUGGAAAGACUUACUCGGACCAAAGUUGGUUGAAGAAGCCAGAGAACAAGCUCCAGCGAGUUUAUGUGCAAGAUUUGCAAAAGAAAGUCUGCCUAUCAACCAAUUGUAUGGAAGUGACUCAUUGGAAGUUGCUGAAAAGGAAAUACAGUAUUUCUUUCCUCCCCAAAACACUUUCGUGAUGAUUAAACCUCAUGUAGACUAUGAAAAGAAAGAUGAGAUCUUGAAGAGUAUUAAGGAUGCUGGGUUUGAGGUGACACAAAUAAAGGAAAUACUCAUAAAGCAGGACUUGGCAGAAUGCAUUUAUAUAAGUAUAAAAGCAAAAGAAUUUUAUAAAAACGUAUUGGAAAUGUUAUGUGAAGGUCCAACUGUGGUCAUGAUCUUGACCAAGUGGAAUGCUAUUUCUGAUUGGAGAAAACUCAUGGGGCCCUCAGAUCCAGAAGAGGCAAAACUACUGUCCCCAGACUCAAUACGAGCCCGUUAUGGGACCAGUGUUUUGUACAAUGCUGUUCAUGGCUCCUCAAAUGCCUUCAUAGCACAAGAGGUCAUUAAAAAACUGUUCAAGGAGGAUGAACCUGAGAAUCUCGAGUAAAACUAAGAACUUUGUGAAGAUAAUACAAGCAUUCAUGUCACCAAGGAAUCAUGUGACACUGCUUCCUUGUUUCACCUCAAGGUGAAAAACACCUGGCUCAGCAUAACAAUAAAAUUGUUGCCCCAAAUAAA